AUACACGUGCGGUCUCUAACCGAGACGUCACGCAACCGGCUACUUCCGGUCGUCCCCUCCCGGCCUCCCCUUUCUCUUUUCUGUUCUGCGCUGAAGAAGCCGGAAAGGGAAGCUGGAGAGAGAGAGAGUGCAUCGCCUCCCUUUUCAAAAUCGUUCCUUUUUUAAAUGCAGAUUUCGUUAUUCAAUAGUUUAAUCUCAUCGCUCUCCGUGAAUCUUAUCUCCUUCGUAGUUUACCAGGUCGCAUUAGAUCUCUUUGCUUCGCCUGCGAGCUGGGAGGCGAGGCACUCUAUGAACUCUAAAAAGCUGGCAAUUUGCUGGUUUUUUCGUCUUGUUUGAGUUGUUUGGACCAGAUUUCGGUCUCUUUCACUACCUUUUGCUCUUCCCUUUUUUUCCCUCCUGAUUUGCGUCUUUGCUCGCUGAUGAUUUCGCCUUUUUCUGAGCGCCGAGCAAGUCCCUGUGCGAAAUAGGGCUUUGGGAGAGAGGAAGAAGGGGCCUUUGGGAGAGAACGUGUUCGAUUGUAAGUUCAUCAUAUUGGCGAUGAUUACAGGUUGCUUUUUGGCCGGCGCUUCCGAAGCGGAGGUUAUCGGAGCUCUCAAGUCCUCCGCUUCCAGCAGUUUCUGCUUUCGUCUUGCUUUGGGAUGCAAAAUUUGGUGAUUGCGGUUAUCAGCGAUGCCACAGUACCAGCAGCACGCUUCCUGGAGGACGGCGGGCGGUGGGCAGAUCAUAGAUCUGGAGACCGCCGUCAAAGACGGAAUUUUGGGCGGCUCUGGCGCCGGCGGAGGCACCUUGGAAGCCGCUUCCGAGAAGUUUGACCUGCGGAAGAUGAUCGAGGAGCUCGAUUCCGCCGUGGCGGUGGAGGAGAUGCCCUCGGUGUUCAUCUGCCCGAUCUCCCUCGAGCCCAUGGUGGAUCCCGUCACUCUCAUCACCGGCCAGACCUACGAGCGCGCUAACAUCCUCAAGUGGUUCUCCACGGGGCACCUCACCUGUCCAACGACGAUGCAGGAACUCUGGGACGACGCCGUCACUCCUAACUGGACCCUCCACCACCUCAUCAACGCCUGGUUCUCCCAGCGCUACCUCCAGAUGAAGAAGCGAGCAGAGGACGUGCAGGGCCGCGCCGCCGAUCUCGUCCAAACCCUAAAGAACGCCAAGGGGCAAGCAAGAGUCCAAGCCCUCAAGGACCUGCGCAAAACCAUCGCCGCCCACCCAUCCGUCGACAAGUCCGUGGUAGAUGCCGGCGGGGCGACGCUCCUUUCCUCUCUCCUCGGCCCCUUCACCUCCCACGCCGUCGGCUCCGAGGUGAUCGCCAUUCUGGUCAACCUCACUUUAGAUUCAGUGGCAUUCACCAAUUUGAUGCAGCCGGCAAAGAUCUCCCACGUGGUGGACCUUCUCAGCGAAGGCACAAUCGAUACCAAGAUCAAUUCCGCGAGGCUCCUCGGAAUGCUGAUGUGCGCGAAGAGUUUCCGGCCGGAGGUGGUGUCGAGCAUGAGCCUCUUGGUGGCAUUGCUGAGAUUGGUGAAGGACAAGCGGCAUCAGAACGGAGUCGCUGCCGGACUCAGCUUGCUCAAGGCCAUCUCCUCCUCUCACGAGCAAGCCCGCAGCUUGAUGGUGCGCGUCGGCGCGGUGCCGCAGCUGGUGGAGCUAUUGUCGAACCCGAAACGGGAGCCGAAGUCGGUAGAACCUGCAUUGCAGAUCUUGAAUGAUCUUUCAAGCACACCGGUCGGAUUGUCUGCAUUGAAGGAUUGCCCUCAGGCCAUUCCCACGGCAGUGAGGAUCUUGAUGAAUGCCUCUCAAGCUUGUACUCAACAUGCAUUGUCUAUAUUACAGUCCGUCUGCCGGCUAGCCCCCGACGAGUGUAGUUUCCUUGCCGUUGAGGCCGGGCUGGCCGCGAAGCUACUGCUCGUGAUCCAAAGCGGUUGCAAUCCGGAGACGAAGCAACAGGCUGCCGAGCUACUGAAGCUAUGCAGUCACAAUUAUCCCACAACUGUGUUCAUUUCCAAGUGCAAUCUAACGAGAACAUUCCAAUAGCUACCCGAAUCAUAAAUUUAUCGUUAACAAUCCGCGAUCGAAGAUGUGAGCAUUUGCAAGUUUGGAUCAGGAUAUUGGAUCCUCAUGACUCAAGGAGGCUCCUGCUUCUUGUGCACAGUUCUAUCUAUAUACAUGGAACUCCCAUUCUUGAUAAAAGAAGAGAUCUUCAUGUUUAAUAA